AUGUGUAAGACUAAGAGAUCCAAAUAACUCAUUUUUAAGAGGCUUAACAUCGAGGCUAACUGUAUAUGUUUAGUUAAUAUUUAAACAAAAUACACAAACCACCUUGAGUACAGUGGAACGCAGAUCAACAAUAGAUUAUGUACUAGUACAACGCAUUAGCAUACGGACUCAUUCGUCUGGUCCGUCAAGGGUAAAAUCCGUCCAAGGUUGCAGCUUGACAGUAUGGAAGAGGACAGUCCGGAAGAGUUUCUUGCGGAGUUCAAGGAGAAACAUCUAGGUGCUUGGGGAAUUGUCCAGAUAACUGCUGGCACAGGGCUAGCUGUCUAUGCCAUGUGGGCAGGGGUUCUCAUGCCGGGAUUUCGAAAAGUCCCUCUGAGGUUACAGGUGCCCUAUCUCCCCGCCAGCAAGAAACAAGUGCGGAAUGUGAUGGCACUGCUGAGUGGUCGACAUGGUAACCUUGUGGACUUGGGCUCCGGUGAUGGCAGGAUUGUGCUGGAAGCACACAAACACGGCUUUGGUCCCACAGUAGGAUACGAACUCAACCCCUGGUUAGUUCGUCUAGCUAACUUCCACGCAUGGAGAGCAGGCCAUUAUGGGAAGGUGUCGUAUCGGCAGGAAGACCUCUGGAAGGUGGACCUUACUGAGUGUAAGAAUGUUACUGUGUUUUUGGCCCCCAGCGUGCUCUCUUUAUUGCAGGAGAAGAUGGAGGCUGAGCUUCCAGAUGACGCCCUGGUCGUAGCUGGUAGGUUUCCCUUCACUGAGUGGACUCCAUGCAGGAUUGAAGGAGAUGGUGUCGACAGAGCUUGGGCCUAUACCAUGCAGGCCCAAAGACUGCCAGCAGGGAGUGCUGUGCUACAUGUACCUAAAGAGUUGAAAUCACCAGUUUGAACUGAAAGUGAGAGAACCAAGUAACUGUCUGGACCAGGAAGACAUGAGACAUAAGCAUGAGCGUUUGUAUGAUGGAAGAAACCAUUGGUAGUCUGAGGAGGAGGGACAAAACAUUUUCAUCUACAUGGGUUGACACAAGUUGCUGACUGAGACCCACUCCUCACAGUGUUCAAUUGGUAGUUAGGGACCUUUUCUCAAUUGGAUUUUCUCAAUUCCUUGCCUCCGUCCUCUCCUCGCCUUUUGAAAACAGCUGUUUCAAAGGGGGUGUGGUUGAUUUCAAAACUCUUCGUGAUAGGAAUUGAGAAAAGACCACGGAGUGAGAUGCCGUCUGAGUAUAUGAACCUGUCAACAGAUAAACUACCAAGCACAUGGUACAAUCCAGACAUCUUUAAAAACCUCUUCAACAUUUUGUUACGUUACAGCCUUAUUCUAAAAUGAUUUAAUAUAAACAUAUCCUCUUCAAUCUACACACAAUACCCCAUAAAGACAAAGCCAAAAACAGGUUUUAGAAAUUUUAGCAAAUUUAUUCAAAAUAAAAACCAGAUACCUUAUAAACAUAAGUGUUCAGUCCCUUUCCUAGGAAACAUGAAAUUGAGCAAAGGUGCAUCUUGUGUCCAUUGAUCAUCCCUGAGAUGUUUCUCCAUCGUGAUUGGAGUCGACCUGUGGUAAAUUCAAUUGAUUGGACAUGAUUUGGAAAGGUACACACCUGUCAAUGAACUCAAAAAAGGAAACAUCCUCUCACGGUCAACUGCAUUUAUUUUUAGCAAACUUAACAUGUGUAUGUAUAAAUAUUUGUAUGAACGUAACAAUAUUCAACAACUGAGACAAACUGAACAAGUUCCAAAGACGUGACUAACAUAAAUGGAAUAAUGUGACCCUGAACAAAAGGG